UAUGAAGAACAGAAGGUCUCACUGGGAGUGGUGCGGACAUCGUGCAAUAUGCGGAUAGGACACGUUAUCUGCUCUCUUGUUGCCUGUGUGAAGUUAUAAUGCCGCUGCGUUCGGAUCCUGCUACUUAUCUCCAUGAAGUGUUCAAGAUGAAGUCGGGCAGACAGUGAUACUGGAUAUACUGGACAUUAACAGGACAAACCCGCUGAAUAGGAGUGUGAUUGUGUGCUGGAGGAGAGAUGGGGAACGCAGGCAGCAUGGACCAACACAUUGACCCCAGAGGACCGCACAUCCCUCUGAAACUGCCAAUGCCCGACCCGGGGGAGCUCGAGGAGAGAUUUGCGCUCGUUCUGAACUCAAUGAACCUUCCUCCAGACAAAGCAAGAUUACUACGGCAGUACGACAACGAGAAGAAGUGGGAACUCAUAUGUGACCAGGAAAGGUUCCAGGUGAAGAAUCCUCCUCACACAUACAUACUCAAGCUGAAGAGUUAUCUUGACCCAGCUGUGACCAGGAAGAAGUUCAGGAGGAGGGUUCAGGAGUCGACGCAGGUCCUGCGAGAGCUAGAAAUCUCAUUACGAACCAAUCACAUAGGGUGGGUGCGUGAGUUUCUGAAUGAGGAAAACAAAGGUUUGGACGUGUUGGUGGAGUAUCUUUCGCUUGCACAGUGUGCUGUCACGUAUGAUGGUGACUGCUCUGAGAACAGCACAGAUAACUCUGUGGAUAAAUCUAAAUCCUGGAGUCGAUCAAUUGAAGAUCUUCAUGGAGGAAACCAUCUUUCUUCAGCUGUUAUAGGACACAACAACUCUAGAACCAGCAGACAUUCAACUUUAAGGUGUAAUACAUUACCAAGCAGGAGAACAUUGAAGAACUCCAGAUUAGUCUGUAAGAAAGAUGAUGUCCAUGUGUGCAUCAUGUGCCUACGAGCCAUUAUGAAUUACCAGUAUGGCUUCAACAUGGUCAUGUCUCACCCACAUGCUGUGAAUGAAAUUGCACUAAGCCUGAACAAUAAAAAUCCCAGGACUAAAGCUCUGGUCCUGGAGCUGCUGGCUGCUGUGUGUUUGGUUCGAGGAGGUCAUGAGAUCAUUCUGUCUGCCUUUGAUAAUUUUAAAGAGGUUUGUUCAGAAGAUCAGCGCUUUGAGAAACUCAUGGAGCAUUUCAAGAAUGAAGAUAAUAACAUUGACUUCAUGGUUGCCUGUAUGCAGUUCAUAAACAUUGUGGUUCAUUCUGUGGAAGAUAUGAAUUUUAGAGUGCAUUUACAGUACGAUUUCACAAAACUGGGUCUGGAUGAGUAUCUGGAUAAACUGAAGCACACAGAGAGUGAUAAACUGCACGUGCAGAUUCAAGCGUAUUUGGAUAACGUGUUUGAUGUUGGAGCGCUGCUAGAAGAUGCAGAAACAAAGAACGCAGCACUGGAGAGAGUGGAGGAACUAGAAGAGAACAUGUCUCAUCUGACAGAGAAGUUGCAGGACACAGAGAAUGAGGCGAUGGCGAAGAUCGUUGAGCUGGAGAAACAACUCAUGCACAGAAAUAAAGAGCUGGAGUCUAUUCAGGUGGUGUAUAAAGACGCUAGUUCUCAGGUGCACACGCUGCGGCGGAUGGUGAAGGAGAAAGAUGAGGCCAUUCAGAGGCAGAGUAACCUGGAGAAGAAGAUACACGAGCUGGAGAAACAGGGAACCAUCAAGAUCCAGAAGAAAGGAGAUGGGAACAUUGCAAUCCUCACUUCCCCUUUGCAGGGGAAUGGACAUCUGCGGGGUGCAGAGGGGGUGGCUGGGGUGUCCAGUGAGGGUGUGGUCAGUUCUGAGGGUGUGGCUAAUGGGGCGGCACACAGCAUGCCCAUGCCUGAACCACCCCUCCCCCCUCCUCCUCUGAUGCCUGCGACAGUACCAAACAGUAUGUUGGCUGCUCCAGCACCUCCUCCACCACCUCCUCCCCUCCCAGGCCCUGCUGUGGAUAUAUCUGCUCCACUGCCCCCUCCUCCACCCCCCAUGGCACCACCUCUUCCUGGUUGUGGAUCGCCCACUGUCAUCAUGAACUCAGGGCUGGCAGCUGUGAAGAUCAAGAAACCCAUCAAGACAAAAUUUCGUUUGCCGGUGUUUAAUUGGGUGGCUCUGAAACCCAAUCAAAUCAACGGUACUGUGUUUAACGAGAUUGAUGAUGAGAGAAUACUGGAGGAUCUGAAUGUGGAUGAGUUUGAGGAGAUGUUUAAGACUAAAGCACAGGGACCAGCCAUAGACAUAACCUCCAGCAAACAGAAGACUGCUCAAAAAGGACCAAGCAAAGUUUCGCUGUUGGACUCCAACAGAGCAAAAAAUCUGGCCAUCACACUGAGGAAAGUGGGCAAAACAUCAGAGGAGAUCUGCAGAGCCAUUCAGAUGUUUGACCUGCGGACGUUGUCGGUGGAUUUCGUGGAGUGUUUGAUGAGGUUCAUUCCGACAGAAGUGGAGACAAAAGUUCUACGACAGUACGAUAAAGAACGCAAACCGCUGGAGAACCUGACGGAUGAAGACCGCUUCAUGAUCCAGUUCUGUAAAGUAGAGCGCCUAAUGCAGAAGAUGACCAUCAUGGCGUUUUUGGGGAAUUUCACUGAAAGCGUUCAGAUGCUCACACCGCAACUUCACGCUGUUAUUGCAGCAUCUGUGUCCAUCAAAUCCUCACAGAAACUCAAGAAGAUUCUGGAAAUCAUCUUGGCUCUGGGAAACUACAUGAACAGCAGUAAAAGAGGAGCCGUGUAUGGCUUCAAACUGCAGAGCUUAGACCUGUUAUUAGACACCAAAUCAACAGACCGCAAGAUCACUCUUCUGCACUAUAUCGCAAAUGUAGUGAAGGAAAAAUACCAGCAGGUGUCGCUCUUCUAUAAUGAACUGCACUAUGUGGAGAAAGCAGCAGCAGUGUCUCUGGAGAAUGUGUUAUUAGAUGUGAAGGAGCUUCAGCGAGGGAUGGAUUUGACCAGGAGAGAGUACAGUAUGCACGGACACAACACAAUGCUCAAAGAUUUCAUACAGCAGAACGAGAACAAACUCAAAAAACUCCAGGACGAUGCCAAGAUCGCUCAGGAUGCCUUUGAUGAGGUGGUGAAGUUCUUUGGAGAAAAUUCCAAAACAACGCCGCCAUCUGUGUUUUUCCCAGUAAUUGUGCGCUUUGUGAAGGCAUACAGGCAAGCAGAGGAGGAUAAUGAGCAGAGAAAAAGACACGAGCAGAUGAUGAUGGAGAAACGAAUAGAGCAAGAGGCCUUGAUGGAGCUAGAUGAUCAGAAGUCUCCCUCUCAUAAAAAUAAACGGCAGCAGCAGGAGCUAAUCACAGAGCUGAGGAAGAAGCAGGUGAAGGACAGCAGACAUGUGUAUGAGGGGAAAGACGGAGCCAUAGAGGACAUAAUCACGGCCUUAAAGAAGAAUAAUAUUACUAAAUUUCCCAAUGUGCACUCGAGGGUAAGGAACUCUUCCAUUAGUACCCCAGUGGAUGCUACUCAGACCUGAUCUGAGAAACCAGCCUUACAGGCGCGCUGAUGCCGUCCGGAGGAGCAUUCGAAGGCGAUUUGAUGAUCAGAAUUUGCGGCCAAUUAACAGUGCAGAGAUAGUCAUGUGACGUGUGCAGAAUGGAUGUGAAUGGAUGAGCAAGAGGAAUGGAGGAGGAGCUUACUGCUCACAAGUGUGAGGAUGAAGGACUGAUGAAGGGCGUAAGACGAUGACAGUGGGGUCGGAAACGUCAGAGCAACUCUUUACAACAAAACAAAUGCCUACAUUUAACAUCUGUCCCGUCAGAAUCAUUAGUCAUUGUUUUGUGAUUUUUUUAUUUAAUUUUUUUGUACUACAAACAGUGUCUUCAUCUGCCUUUUCUGGUUUUUGAUCUGGAAAUGGCAGUUUCUUUAUAGAGUAGUUCACACUAAACUGAAAAUUCUGUCAGCAGUUCCUCAUUUUGUUCCAAAUUCAUAUGACUUUCUUCCAUAGAUCAAUAAGAGAAUUUUCAUUUUUGGGUGAACUAUCCCUUUAAGAAAGAGUGCAAAUGUAAAAUUAUUCAAACACUUUAUGUAUCAUGAAUCUGUACAAUGGCCUUUUAUAUUCCAGUGCUUUUGCCACAUAUCUUGGCUUGAUCAGAAGAUGUUUAAAGCACUUUUUUGCAUCUGAACACAAGGGCUAAUGACCUUCCUGAACAUGACAGUCAUGUUGGGGAUGCUGCAGGGGGCCGUGAGCCUGAUGCCACUUGCUUGGUCACAGAUUUUAAUAGCAGAAAACUGCAUCGGACACAAGUGGCACAUUGCAUCAAAAACAAAUCUAGGACAACCUUAAUUUUUUUCUUUCUUUUUGACGUGAAUGAUAAGAGGCUGGUAGGGAUAGAUUUAGUCUUUUCAAUGACAUGCUCUGUAUAAAGCUCCUAGAUCACAUCUCAUUUUCCCCAACUCAUGUUAACUGGAGGGUUUUGUGAACUGAAUUUUCUUAGAACUAUGUUUUUUUUUAUGUUUCAUCAGCCGAACUAUACAAAAAAUGUAAACAAAAGUACAACCCAUUGAAGAGACUGUACAUCUAUCCAUCACUGCCUCAUUGUCAUUCCUGUCAAAAAUCAAAGAUGGAGCUUCUGUUAAUAAGAGCUAAUAUAAUUAGUCUAUUAGCCACUUUUCCAAUAUCGGACCUGUGUGAGCCAAGGCUAUCGACUGGCUAGUCAGGGCAAAUAGCCACAGACCUCGAACCAAACUCGAUCUGCAUUCCCACCAUUGGGCCAAUAACUCUGCAGCGUUGCCCAAAAACCUGCCCUUAAUUUACUGCUGCGGUGCUGACAUCACACACCCCGCCCAUUUCACAAGCAAAUGGAAGCUCAAGCUAAGAUAUCAUGUUAUCUAGUUAUAGAAUAUCGAGUUUAUAUCGAAUGAAAACAGCAAGAUAAAUUAGCUUUGACAACUCACCGACUGUAACUGCCAUGAUGCUCCGAGUGGUCUCUCCACUAACAGUGGGACGAUGUCGCAGCACACCAUCUAUGAAUGUUCAUUGAACCAUGGAAAGUAAUUUCUUUGGGCACCACCUUUGAGUUGUGCUGUGCCUGCCUUUUUCCCCCCUGAACCUGUACUGUUGUGCGCUGGAAACAUAAACUUGGAAGUUCAGAGAAACUCCACUUUUGAAAUUGACCCCACCGCAAUCCCCAGUUGACUUUGUUUGACCCAAGGGUAAUCGGCGGGCCAAAGGCCAUAGGCCAUAUAAAGCCUGAGGAGUCACGAUGAAGCUCCGCAAGUGACAGUGGGAACGCAACUGGUCCUGGAAUGCAUUAGCACGCCCUCAUUUGGCCCGAUAGUGGAAACGCGGCUAAUGAGACUGUCUACACUGGAUGUGUCUGUUUCGCCGACAGUAAACAGAUGACCCUAGUUCUAUUUCAAAUAUCUUCUGACUGUUACAUCAAAGCCAGCAAAUAAUUUUUCUGGUUUCUAAUCUACUUAUUUAAAUCAGCUUAUGUUUCUAACCACAUGUAUACACAGUUUUAGCAACAAUAACAUUAUAAUAACAAGUAACUGUUUAAUACAAGUUGAAGUUUCAUUGGAAAUAAAGUAGGAAACAGGAUAUUCACUCAUUUAACCAUUGCUAAAGUUUACUCAAGCUCACAGAUGAUUGGACCAAGGACAUCUUUAGAACAUUUACUUCAAUGUGCAGACAGCCUCAAGCCUUAGCGUUGCGUUGCUGUCUGUGUAGACAUGGUGUCAAACAACAUUACACAAAGUGUGCACUUAAAACUUAAGAAUACAGCAGUCUUUGGAGAUAAAUCUGAACCCUGAAUGUAGUAUUUUCAAUAGUUUCAUCCAUUAAUUUUAGGCACGUGCUAAUACUUGUUAAUACUGCAUUAACUGUACGUUUAAUGUACAGCUUCUGACCACUAAAGCAAUCUUUUCCCCUGUGGCACCUUUGAUCCACUACACAAUAUCAAGUUCUUUAUAGAAUUCAGUUUCUAUAACUCCACUUUUUUCUUCCCCAAUAUUUUGAGAGUUUAAAGGCAGAAAUGUGAAGCCUAUGAAAACACUUAAAUUAAUCCUUCUGUUAAAACGUUUUUACGAUUGUUUAAGGGUUUACAGCGUAAUGUUGUCAUGGCAAUGAAGUUGUAAAACUGGAUAUAACUUUACACAGAAAAGGUUUUAAAGUGAUUUCAUCACACUAAAAUUUUGUUUACGUCUUCUGGCUGUACUUUUAAAACAGUGAGUAUUUUAACGUUUACCGAUUGGCCUUAUUCACUUCUAAGUUCCUCGCUGUAACCUAGAUUUUUACAUUUUAAAGAUAUAAUGCUGUGGUAAUCAGCAUUAUGCCACAAAUACUGUCGAAUCAGCUUUACUUGUAUUGAACCCAAAAUAUUCCUUUAAAACACGAAAUAUGAAAACAGUUUGUGUUUCUUCUAGUUUAAUUUAAAACAAUGGCAAAAAGAUUCACAGAAAAAAAAAUGUAAAGCUUUUGUAAAUGUACAGAUAUUUUGCUACAAAAUUGUGCUUCAUUUUUAACUUUUAAUCUUUUAAUAUUGUAAAUAUUGUUUAAAAAAAGACAUUUCAGCAUCCUGUACUACACCAUUUGAAUAUUUUAACUUAUGUUUUGUCCUUUACUUUGAAUUUUGUAUAUUUAAUUAAACUGAAAACCUGAAUCGGGCCUUUUAGACAUGCCUUAUAGAAACAGCACACUGCCAUGAUAGAAUUGUACAUUUCACUUUUACAGUUAAACAUCUCAUCAUAUAGCUGCUUAAUUAUAGCAAUUAUUCAUGUUUUUCUAAUCAUUGUGCAUUCCAUUCAUAAAAACGGGAUUUAACUGGCAAGAUUAUUAUUAUUGUUAUUAUUCUGUCUCAAAUAAAUAAUUUCUUAAAAUAUCUCAUGCAUUGUUUGGCACUGCAAAUCUGUUCUCAGUUUUUUUGUUUGAUACUUGAUUUCUCAAUGUCUGAUUAAAUAAACUAUUUACACA